GGGAGGGCGGAGGGAGGAGCCGCCGCCGCCCCCCCCCCGCCUCCCGCCCCGGGCCAGCCCCGGGGAUGGUGUUGGCCGCGGGAGCCGGGCCCUGACGCCGCGCUCAGGACAAGCAGUGAGGAAACAGAUCUAUAAAGAUUGAAGACAGCAGUAAUGCUAACUCUGGCAAGCAAGUUGAAGCGGGACGAUGGUGUCAGAGGACCACGUGCAUCCAAUCCAGCUUCUGAUUCAACUCGGAGGGUGUCUGUUCGAGACAAAUUACUUGUUAAAGAGGUUGCAGAACUUGAAGCUAAUUUACCUUGUACGUGUAAAGUGAAUUUUCCCGACCCAAACAAGCUUCAUUACUUUCAGCUCACUGUAAUCCCAGAUGAGGGCUAUUACCAAGGUGGAAAGUUUCAGUUUGAAAUUGAAGUUCCUGAUGCCUACAAUAUGGUGCCUCCAAAGGUAAAAUGCUUGACAAGAAUCUGGCAUCCGAACAUUACAGAGACGGGAGAAAUCUGCUUAAGUGCUGUUCCCAGUCUCCUCAGCUGUGCCAAUGUGGAAACAAAAAGCUCUUUAGAAAUGCUUUCUACACCAGUUUCUCCACUCAUCCAGUCUAUAGCAUGGCUCCAGAAUGGUUGUGCUGGUGGUACUGGGGUGAUCAGGGAGAUGGGCAGCAGGAGUUUAUUGAGAGAACAUUCAAUUGAUGGCACUGGCUGGGCUCCAACUAGAACAUUAAAGGAUGUUGUCUGGGGGUUAAACUCUUUAUUUACUGAUCUUUUGAAUUUUGACGAUCCUUUGAACAUUGAGGCUGCAGAGCAUCAUUUGCGUGACAAGGUGGAGAGCUCUGUGAGUUCAGAGUCUACAACUAUUGCCUCUUUCAGUACUGUGCACGCUUCUUCCUACUUGUGGGACAUAAGUGGGGAUUUAAAAGGAGGACUUUCGGAAUAAAGUUGAAGAUUACAUUAAGCGCUAUGCGAGAUGAUGAAGGGAGAUGGAUGGCAGGACCAUGGCUUCCACACUAGAGUUGUCCUUAACUUCAACAACAACAACAACAACAACAACAAAACCAGCCCGGAUUGUACUAGUCCUGUGUCCAUGUUGUACUGAAGAAGAAAACUAACUUCAUAACUUGUCCAUGUUAAAAGGAGAGUUCAGCAUAAAUACAGCAAGAAAUUGUGUAUGUUGGUUGAAAAAGUUGUUUGCUUACUUUUAAAAAUGUUUACUCUUCUGAACUGUACUGUAUAUCCUGUUGAUGAGAUAUGCUUGAGAAGUUAAAAGAAAUCACUAUUGAAAUUGUAAUUACACUUCUUUUUUUAACUCUUGCCUAGUUUGGAGGGGGGAAGGAAAAAAAAACAACCAACCCAAACAGAAAAGGUGGCGUGUUCUUGGAGCAGUUCAAGUUGGCAAUAAAAUGGUCUCCCGUGAACCCAAUCACAAUACUGUUGCCUUUGAUGAGCAGAAACAAUACAAACUUUUUCCAAGAGUCAUUCAGCUAAGGCUUAGAGCUUGCCAGAAUGCAAAUGCUAAAUUAAAUUCUACUUCUGGUAUUGAAAUUCUUGAUUAUAUUUAAUGUAAGUAUGUUUUUGUCACGUUUGGAAUUUUUACGUUGUUAUUUUCAGCUCCUGUUUGGGCUACAGUAUUUUUUUGUUUCUAUUUGUUGUGUGAAGUAGUUAAAAGAAACAGGCUAAUCCGUAACUUAAGUAAAUGUGUAGUAUUAGUAAAAUUAUAUAUAUAUAUUAUAUAUAUUAUAUAUUUCUGUGAAAAUUUAAUGAAAGGGAGAUUUUUUUAAAGAAAUUUGCCUUUGGCUUUCCGAUCUGGAUGUGGUGAGGGAUCAUCAGAUGCUGUUCAAUCUGAUGAAAGUAAAUUCAAGCACUGUUACCUGGAGAACACCUAAUUGUGUUCAUCAAACUUCUGCACUGAAAGUGAAUGACUAAUAACGCAGGUGAGAAUGAUAACACACUGCACCCUCUUAAAAACUCAUGUGCGCCUGGCUUUUUUGGUAAUUUGAAAGGAUAUGAUGCUAUAAUUGCCUUUUCUGUAAGUAGCUGUAUAUCAAAUACAUAGUAUGUGCAAGCAGAGAUCCUUCAGAAGACAGUAGCAUGUACCUCAGGAAUCACUUCAGAGUAAAUGCUGUGAGAAAUCUGCUGCCUGUUGUGUGCCAGAGCUCCCCACUGCUCACCCGCUGAGCCGGGGCAUUGGCGUAGCCUCAGAGACCGAAACGUUUGCAUUUGGCUUGUGGGGUAAUGCAGAGGAGGUGCCAUGGAACUGAUUCAAGCUUUUAUAAAUAGAUAAACCAUAGAAAUAAAUGUUCGUGUGGUUUCA